GGGCCAUACCGCGCUCCGCCGCCCUAUUAAUAUCGGCGGCCGCCGCAGCCAGAGGGCAGAGUUGCGGGGAACUAUGCAGGGCAACGGCGAGAAGACCCCGGCGGGGAACAGCCAUGAGCACCGUCUCGGCGGGAGGGGGGCGGCCGACGGCGAGCAGCAGGCUGCCGCCGUGCCCAUGCUCCCCGCCCUGGAGGUGGCUGAGGAGCCGGACAAAGCAGCCCCGAGCGGCAAAGACCCCAACACCUAUAAAGUGCUCUCCCUGGUACUCUGUGUCUGCAUGUUGACCACAAUCCUAGGAUGUAUAUUUGGCCUGAAGCCUAGCUGCUCAAAAGAUGUGAAAACCUGCAAAGGUCGUUGCUUUGAAAGGACAUUUGGAAGCUGUCGUUGUGACAGAGAUUGUGUCAAGCUUGGAAACUGCUGCUUGGAUUACCAGGAAACGUGUAUGCAACCAGCCCACAUAUGGACCUGCAAUAAAUUCAGGUGUGGAGAGAAGAGGAGACCAGAAUAUCAUUGUGCCUGUUCAGAUGAUUGUGUGGAAAAUAAAGAUUGCUGUGUCAAUUAUCACACUGUCUGUAAAGGAGAGGCAAGCUGGGUUGAAGAAGAGUGUGAGGACAUUACUGAACCUCAGUGUCCAAAAGGAUUUACCAAAUCCCCAGUGUUACUGUUUUCAUUGGAUGGCUUCAGAGCAGAAUAUUUGCAGACUUGGGGUGGACUUCUACCUGUUAUUAGCAAAUUACAAAAAUGUGGAACGUAUACUUCUAAUAUGAGACCAGUGUAUCCAUCAAAAACAUUUCCCAAUCAUUACUCCAUCGUCACAGGACUGUAUCCUGAAUCUCAUGGUAUAAUUGAUAACAAGAUAUAUGACCCCAAAAGAAAUGCAUCUUUCACCCUUAAAAAUGAAGAAAAGUUUAAUCCACAGUGGUACCAAGGACAGCCUAUUUGGCUAACAGCUGUGUAUCAAGGUCUAAAAGCGGGUACAUUCUUCUGGCCUGGGUCAGAUGUAGCAGUUAACGGAACCUUUCCAAACCUGUUUGAAAAAUACAAUAGCUCAAUUCCAUUUGAAGAAAGGGUGGUAACUGUUCUUCGCUGGCUGCAGUUACCUGAAAAUGAAAGACCACACUUUUACACUCUGUAUUUAGAAGAACCAGAUUCCUCGGGCCAUAAAUUUGGACCAGUAAGCAGUGGAGUCAUUUUGGCAUUACAGAGAGUGGACAGCAUAGUUGGGAUGCUGAUGGAUGGUCUCAAACAACUGAACUUGCAUAAGUGCCUGAACAUUAUUUUUAUAUCAGAUCAUGGGAUGGAAGCAGGGAGCUGUAGAAAAACUGCAUAUCUGAACACCUAUCUGGACAGUGUUCAAGAUUUCCUGAUAGUACCUGGCCCUGCAGCUCGCUUAAGACCUAAUAAUGUUCCAGAUGAGUAUUUCUCUUUUAAUUAUGAAGGCAUUGUCAGAAACCUCACGUGCAUAGACCCAAAUCAGCCUUUCAAAGCAUAUAUGAAGCAGCUUCUCCCGAAACGUUUCCAUUUUGCCAAUAAUGACCGAAUUGAACCGGUACAUUUUUAUUUAAACUCCCAGUGGCAACUUGCUAGGAAACCACAUGAAAUUAAGUAUUGCAAAGGUGGAUUCCAUGGCUCAGACAAUCGCUUCCCCAGUAUGCAGGCUAUAUUUAUUGGCUUUGGACCGGGAUUCAAGUUUCAUACUCGAGUAGAUCCAUUUGAAAAUAUUGAAGUCUAUAAUUUGAUGUGUGAUCUGCUUGAUUUGAAACCAGCCCCAAACAAUGGAACUCAUGGACGCCUAAACCAUCUUUUAAGGAACCCUGUUUACACCCCCCACCAUCCCAAAGAAAUAAGCCUUCCUUCUCAAUGCUCAGCUGUGGGACAAAGAACCUUUUCAGUGAGCCUUGGCUGCUCCUGUAAGACCGCUGGCUUACCAGUGAGGGAUUUUCAUCAGCGUUUAAAUCUCAGUGCCACAGAAGAUAAGAUAGAGAAACGUACUUUGCCUUAUGGACGGCCCAGGGUUCUGCAGAAGAAACAUAAUUACUGCCUCCUUUACCAUUACCAUUAUGUGAGCGGAUACAGCAAGGAUUACAAGAUGUCUCUGUGGAGUGCAUACACUGUUAACAGAGAUGACAAAUGGGUUUCUGCUACAGAAGAUAUCUCCAGCUGCUUACACAAGGAUGUUCGAAUUCCUUUUAAUCAUAACCAGACAUGUUUGUUUUACAACAAUCAUCCUCUGCUAACCUACGGAUUCCUUUCUCCUCCAAAUUUGUUGACAGAUGCAAAGAAACCUCACUAUGAUGCCUUACUUACCAGCAACAUUGUGCCAAUGUAUCCUGCAUUUAAAGUGUUAUGGAACUACUUCCAUCAAACCCUGCUGCCUGAAUAUGCUGCAUCCAGAAAUGGUGUCAAUGUAGUCAGUGGUCCUGUGUUUGAUUAUGACUAUGAUGGGCUCUAUGAUACCCUGGAAAAGGUGAAAAGGCACCCUGGUAAUUCGGAAGUUCCAGUACCAACUCACUUCUUCAUUGUUCUGACUAGUUGUAAAAAUACUUCUCAAACUCCUUUGGAGUGUGAAGAGUCUUUAGAUACCUUGCCUUUCAUUGUACCUCACAGAGAAGAUAACAGUGAAAGCUGCACAGAUGGCAAGUCUGAGUCCAUGUGGGUUGAAGAGAGAAUGAAGUUCCAUACAGCCCGGGUCAGAGAUAUAGAAUUACUUACUGGACUCAGCUUCUAUCAAGACAGAAAACGGCCAGUAUCUGAGAUUUUACAGUUAAAAACAUAUUUACCAACUUCUGAAACAGUCUGAUUUUUCCUAUAGAAUGAUGUUGUCUAUUUCAAAACUGAUCUAUAAAUAGACUGUUUUAAUUAAUACAAACUUUUUUUAAAAUAAGCUGGAACAUUUAUUGAGAACUCUUGACCAAAAUGCCAGUAGGGAGAAGAGUGGGUAUCUCAUUUGCAUCUCAGGGACUCCUGAUGGACUAUGUACAAUACAGGAUGACAGCUCCUGUCAUUCCCACUUGAAUGUGGUAGAACCAUGUCCAUUAUUAAAUGCUACCAGCAUUUGAACAUGAUAGUUUGAGACACUGAGGGGAAUAUCUUUUACAUGCACUGAAGAGGGAGAAGUUUAUAAAUCAUGUAUUAUGAUCAAUAUUCUACUUUAAAAAUAGAGGUAAUUGGCAAAUAUCUUACAGUUCUAGGAAAUAAUUACAGUGUCAGUGACUGGUGUAUCUGGGUGAAACAGGAAUUACAUUCUAAGCUUUGGGUAUCUUAAAAUAAUGCAGCGAUAUAUUGAGGUUAGCAAUAAGAUUGAUUCAUGAACCUUCCCCAGCAUGGGAUAGACUUCUAGCUGAACAGGCUGUUCUGUUAACUAGGAAGUACUAGGAUUUUGCUGUCCUCUAGUGGCUGCAGCACUGAAUGAGAAGUUGAUGGACAUUUUGCCUAUAUGUGCAUCAUCAGAAUGAGUAGGAAUAUGAUGCAUCAAAUCACCAGGAAAAUAAUUAGAAAUUAAUUCAGGAAAAUCUCUGAGCUCUGAGAAAUAGUUAUCUUCAAAUUAAACUUAGAUUUGAUUAAGAGAUUUUGCCUUCUUGAAGGAAAGAUAUCUUUUUAGGCUUGGUUCAUGAUUUUGUCAUUUGUGGUUUUGAUAUCCCAUUUUUGUCAAGAAAAGAUAUUUUUGCAUUAAGAUUGUUGCCUUAGUUAGAAUGAUAGGAUGACCUUCUGUAGUGGCAAAGGUUUUACUCCUCAUCACUACAGUAAAUACCCAGAGGCCAUUCAGUUGUCCAUUGGCAGCAAAUGAUCCUAGCUGUGUUUUUAGCUGUUCCUUUAGUGCUAUAUCAUCCAAAUUCCAGCUUACGUAAGUUACCUUUCUACAGGUAUGCAGACACUGCCAGAUGCAAAUCCAGAAAAAGCAUGUAAUGAGCUUUCUGGGAAGCUGUCAGGCCACACAAACAGCUGCUAGAGGCACUCAGGUGUAUAGGAACUCCCUUCUUUUCCAGUACACAUAUUAUCACCUUUGCAAUUCACCCACUCUCUCUAAAGCUGAUGAGCCAAGAUUGGCUCUGUUAUGUAUAGAGUUUGGCAUAAGCAAUUAUACAUUUCUAUUUUGCUCAUUUAAAAAAAGAAAAUACAUCAUUCACAAGUAUUUUAGCAGAAUGAAGAGCCUGUGUCUGAGCACUAAGCCAGUAUAUCUAUCUUAGAGCUUAGUCAGGCAAUGUUGGUUGGAUUCAAAGCCCGCUGAUGUCAAUGGAAGUUUUUCUGUUAAUGUCGAUUUGAGUGAGCUGAGAUCCUGGGACCAUUUUCUCUUUUUAACCAAAUGUAUUUUUCUUGAUCUUCUGUUACAAGCAUGAUCUUUUUUUUCCUAAAGUAGUUUCACUGUGUGAAAUUUAAAUGUGUUAUAGCAACCUCACAUUUUGACAUGACUGUGACAGCAUUAUUCAGUGUAACUGCUUUGUGCCAUUGGCUUUGACUAAUAAAAACAUCAGGAGAUGUA